CGCCACCGCCACCGCCACCGCCGCCACCGCCGUCAGUCACUAUCUCAGUGACUCCGGUCAUAGUGACUCCGGUCACAUUGACUCCGACCUAAGUGUCUCCGGCCUCAGUGACUUCCGGCCACUGUGACUUCCGGGCACCGUGACUUCCGGGCACCGUGACUUCCGGCCACAGUGACUUCCGACCACCAUGACUACCCGGCCCACCGACCCCAGUGACUGCCCGUCCACCGACCACAGUGGACGCCAGAAAGUUUUCUGUCGUCUCCCCACCAGCAACAACACUCUACCCAUCCUCCUACCUAGCCAAAAAUGCCACCGCCACCCUGCCCGUCCCCCAGCCACCGCAGCUGCAACGUCCACUGCCGCCGCAACGUCCACUGCUGCCACCCCUUCCCCGUCCACAACCCUAACUUGUAUCCAACCCCCUCCCCUCACCACACCACAGGUACCGCCACUGCCCAUCACACACCAUCGUGACCCACCACCGUCGUGGCGUCGCCGCAUCACCCCCAACCCCCUCCCUGAUCUUCCCAAUCCCAUCAUUGACCUUCCAAGCCCCCUCCCCAACCUUCCCAGCCCCCUGUGCCGCGACCCCAACCAGGCCGUCAUCCAACGCCGCCCACAAGUACCUCAAACCUAACUGUAGCCACUGUAGCCCACCACCCAGAUUCAACCGUAGAAAGAAGAAGAAGAAGGGGACCGCGACAGAGAUGGAAAACGACGAGAGGCGAGAAGGAACUUCGUGACCUUUGUCAGAUCUGGAAACGGUGGAGAGUGGAGAAGCUUCAUCAGAUCUAGGAGUGGAAAACGGCGAUCUUCGGCAAGGCUUCGUCUGAUCCGGGAGCGGAAGGCUUCGAUUAAGUGCAAAGAGAAGUCUGAGGGCGGAUGAUUCGACGGAGCGGAAGUCUUCGACGGUCGAUUUGUCCAGUGCAGAAGUCUUCGACGGAGCGCAGAGAGAAAUAGAGGUCAGACCAGACGACGGAGGAACGGAGCGACGGAGCUGGGGAGCGGCAGAGACGAAGAUGAAGGUGUUGCCAUGGAAUGGCGUUUGAAAUCGCCGGAUAGCGUUGAAGAAGGCUCUCGAUGCAGGGAAGAAGGUCUCGAUGAAGGUCUGGUGUGGGAAAGAAAAUAACGGGAGAGUUACUUUUUGGGGAAAAUCAAAAUAGUCAUAUUUUUGGAAUUGGAAACUUGAGCAGUAUCAUUGAUGCCAUUUUUUCUAAGUAGUAAUGUUUAACUUUUUUUAUUGUACUUAC